AAUUGACCUGAAAGAAAGCAGUGCUCUGUCCUGGCACUGCUAAAUGCUGAGCAUUGGUGUGCCAGUCCGUGUAAACAGUUAUAGCUGCAAAAUCCCUGCACUAAAGCACAGAGCAGCACAUCACUAGCAUGAAGUUGUCAGUGGAUACUUCCAACGUUUCCUCUAACACCUGAGAUUAUCAAACAGAACUUCAGCAUCUUUGCAAAGGUUGGGAGGCAUCUGCAGACCGCGUGGAUGGAUGAAGAUCCCUCUGUAGUAGCAGCAGGUUGAUGCCUCACAGCUGCUGCAAGUGCUUACAGAGAGCACUGGUGGCACAGCUGGAGCAAUCGAGUGCUUCCCUCACUGCCACCGAGCUGUGAAAUCGGACGUGACCUAUUGACUGAUCCUCAGACCGAAAUUAAAAGGUAUCGAUGGGCUCUUCAGAGCUGUUGUAGAGGAAGUGUGUUCACAUCCUACGCAGGACACUUGUAUUGGCGAUGCACUUUAGCAGGGCACUGAUCAGAGAAACCUAAAGGAGUGCUUAGUGCCACGUCUCGGCCUCGUGUUGGGCUGCUAUGGACCCGGCCAUCCCUGCCUCAUCUCUGCCUAUGCUGGGAAGCUCCGACACAGCAGAUGUACCUCUUUCCUUUGGAGGGUGAAAGGGAACAUGCAAAUAUAAAUUCAAGUGUGCAGAGCCUGCACUCCACCAAUUGCUCCGGUGGUGACAUAAACUGUUCAGAAUGUGAAAUCCACGCACACGGAUGGAAGAUGUCACUGGACACCAUACAGCUUAAUUUUACACAUUUUCUGUAAAGAAAGUGUUAAAAUGGCACAAUAACCAUGGGAGACUGGAAUUUCCUUGGAGGCAUUCUGGAGGAGGUCCACAUUCACUCCACUAUUAUUGGCAAGAUUUGGCUAACCAUCCUCUUCGUGUUCCGAAUGCUUGUCCUUGGAGUGGCCACCGAGGACGUCUGGAAUGAUGAACAGUCAGAAUUUAUUUGCAAUACUGAGCAACCUGGCUGCAGGAAUGUGUGCUAUGAUGAGGCCUUUCCCAUCUCUCUCAUAAGAUACUGGGUCUUGCAAGUUAUCUUUGUGUCUUCUCCUUCUUUGGUGUAUAUGGGCCAUGCCUUAUACAGACUAAGAGCCUUAGAGAAAGAGAGACAGAAGAAGAAAGCUCAGGUGAGAGUGGAACUUGAAAGCACUGAAUUAGAAAUGACAGAAUAUCGGAAAAGGCUGGAGAGGGAACUCCGGCAGCUGGACCAAAGAAAGCUGAACAAAGCACCCCUGCGAGGUUCGUUGCUCUGCACUUACGUGAUACACAUUUUCACUAGGUCUGCAGUGGAAGUUGGUUUCAUGAUUGGGCAGUAUCUGCUUUAUGGGUUUCGCCUGGAUCCCCUUUAUAAAUGUCAAAGAGAUCCGUGUCCAAACGUAGUCGACUGCUUUGUAUCACGGCCAACAGAAAAGACAGUGUUCAUCCUGUUCAUGCAGUCAAUAGCGACCGUAUCAUUGCUUUUAAAUGUCUUAGAAAUUAUCCACCUCGGAUUCCGAAAAAUUAAAAUAGGUCUUUGUGGGCAGGAGGAAAACAAGGAUUACCGUGGCAAUUUCUACACAAACAAAUCCAAGAAAUACUCUGUGAUACCCCGCUCUUCUCUGGGAGUAUCUGCAACUCCUCAAAAAACUCUCCCUUCUGUACUUAGCGGUUAUGCCUUUCUAAUGGAAAAGCAAACCGACACUGCCAUCUACCCGGUCUUAAAUUCUGCUCCCAUGUUCCAGUCUAUUCAAAAUAACCACACAGAAAAUAGAGGCAAUCACACCCACCACAAUCAGGAAAACAAACUGCUGAAGAAAAAGCCAGCUACAAAUUCUUUAGCUGGUCAGACUCAGAAUGCCAGCACAAACUGCACUGAAGGCUUGCUGGGCAAGCUUGGGACCGAAAGGAGGAAUUCCCAGAAAGAAGCUGAUCAGAAACACUUCCUUGCUGGUACUCAGAAUGCAGAUACCACUUCAAGAAGCUUUGCUGAGAUGCUGUCGCAGCCCCCUCUGCAGCCUUUUCCCGUUGCCAGCCUCAGAAGACAGCACGGAAUCAUCUCCUCCUGGAACUGCUCCGCAGCGGCCGAGAGCGUCGGAUCCUCCACAAAUUCCCUCACAAAGAGCGGCAGCAGGAGACGGAGCAGCCUCAGCACGAGCCAAGGCCAACUGCCCCCCAAAGCCGACACCCGGCACCCCAGCCGCCCCAAUACCCCCGAUUCAGCAGGGGAGGCCAGCAUUGGCUCCAAGCAGAGCCGGGGCUGCGGCAGCCCCCAACCGCUGCCCUUAUCUGGGCGUCCAUCACUGUCGAGCAGUGCGAGCAGCCGGCGGGCCCCCACCGACCUGCAGAUAUAGCAGGGCUGCCCAAGCUCUGUGCUUGGCUAGCUGCUGGGCUUUGUGAUAGAAGCAAGAGCAGCCAUGAGCUGCUUCUUCCUCAUUCAGCUCUAGCCUUCCGCAGAGGUUAAGAUAGAAGUUGUGCGGCCCUUUUGCUUUUAGCUAAAUGACUUCUGAACCAUCUGCUUGCUUCGCUGGUGACGGAGGGGUGGCUUAAACCUCUGUGCCAAGCUUCUGCAUUAACCUUCCAGCUGCAAAGGAAAACGUACAUCAUGUAAAUCCACGUACAAAUCCACACAUGAGGAGAAGUCAGGAUUAAAAUUACAGCCGGCGAUACGUAAGCCGGAUAAAAGUAGAAGACAAAAUUCCAGUCUAAAAAUGUAUUUUAUGAAAACCAGUAAAUGAAAUUAGGUGAAAGAAGGCACUGGGAUACCUGAGAGAAAACAAUUAGCAAUAAAUAACAUUUUUAGAACCAGGAAAGCAGAAAAGGAACCAGGAAACCAGCACGGUGCUUUCGCUUGCAGCCACUUGACCGCAUCCACACCAAGUGUUGGCAUCAUUAAAAUCAUUCUCAGUAGGUGUUUCUCCAGCAGCUGUUGUUUUUUAUCUCUGUUCUCAUUCUGUGUGUAUUCAGUUACAGCUCUGUGUAACCGUGGGCGCUGUGGGGUUUGACACCACGGACACACACCGGUGCCAUUUAACCCCUACACUCCCUACAGUGUCUGCAAGCCACGUUUUGCCAUUUGACACCUCAAAAGUAAAACACGCGUUCACUGCACAGCCUAAAGAGCAGAGAGACGGCACUGAGGGGCUCGCGUGUGGCACGCAGUACGCUUCUGCCUGCUCGAGGUUAGAAAGGACCCCGCAUGGCAGGCAUGGAGCGCUCAGGUGGGCUCUUUUUAAUGGCCGGAUCAACCACGCUGCCCACACUGAC